UAUUGCGGCGGCCAAUUGUACGAGGAAAACUCGGUAAAACUCGCGUGCGCAAAGAAGAGUGCAUCGCGUGCGCCGAACGCGAUUUUUUUUUUUAGUCUACUAACUGAUAAUACAUAGAAUAGUUGUGAAGAAUAUAUAUUCGAAAUUCUGGAUGUUUGCAUAGAACUCGUAUCGUACUUGAGUCUUAAACAACGUAAAAUGGCCGCAGUACACUGUUUUUAUCAAACGUUUUGAUUAAACUUGUGCAGUUCGUACGCGUAUUUGCAUGUAUGGUUUUCUCUGUCGUUGUUUGUUAGUUCGAUUAACUGUUAACUAUUAGACGCCAAUCGAUUGCAAUCAUGUCAUCAAAGAGAAAAAUUAAAAUUACGGAGCAAGAGAUGAAUUACCGGAAAAAACAUUUUCAUGAGAUUAGAAUUGCUAAAACAAGAUUGCUAGUAUGCACUUCCUGUGGCAAUGAGUUAAAAGUUGAAAUGGAUCGAGUCUUUUCUCAUUCAGUGAUGGGAAUAUUGCAGUGCAAGACAUGCUGGGAUUACUUUAAUGAGGUGCAUAACAAAUCUGAAGGAAAAUAUUGCUAUAUAUGUGGCCAUAAUAAAAAAUUAUACGAAUGUGGUGAUAAAAAUUGUGAUUCCUCAUUUUGUAAGGGAUGUUUGAAAAGGAACGUGAAUCGAGAACUGUUGAAUGCGGCAGACGAUGAUUGGAAAUGUUGUAUAUGUAAUCCUAAACCAUUUUGGGAGCUGAGAGCUGUGUGUUCUACUGUAAUGGAUAGUAUUGUAAAAACUAACAGGAAAAGCAAGAUGAAUAAACGCACUCUGCCAUCACAGAAACUACGAUUACAAAAAUCACAAGAGAUAAGAAAGACUCUGGCGGUUUUGUGUGAUGACGAUGAUACCGAUUCGAGUGGAAGUGCAUUUGUCGCUACGAGAAUGGCACAGAAAACAAAUAAUACAAGCUGUCAAAUAAAACAAAAGACCAGUUCUGUUCCGCCCAAACAAUUAGUAGAAGUUGAAACGAGUUCUUCCGAUUGUUCAAUAAUAAGCGAGAAGUUGGCUACUUCGCACAAACAGAGUGCAUUUAAGAACGGAAGAGAUACAAAAUCGAUUAAACGAAAGGAACAGGAUUCCAGUUCUUCGGAGGAAGAGACCGCAUCGAAAUCGACUGUGAGAGAUAAAAUUGCGUCUAAGCAAAGACACGCAAUCAAGUCCAAUGUUAGGAUCGAAAAAGAGGUGAAAAAUAAAAUAAAUAAACGCAGUUGCACUGAAUCUUCCGACAGUGAGUCUGAGGAGAAUAAUUCCACGAACAAGAUAUCAAAUGCGCGCAAAGGUCUUCCAAAGAAUACUGUCUAUCAAGACAAAAAAAGAGAAAUUAAAUCUUCCAAUAAAAAGACUAAAGCCAGAGCGAAAAAACAUUUGGAGUCGACGAGCGAAUCUGAGGACGAAGAUGUCGAAUACAAAAGGAAACAAAGCACUGGUAAAAGUCGCGUUAGGGUUCAGAACGAUGAAGAGUCGGAUGACAGUUCCGGCAAAGAAUUUCAGAAGGAAAAGCUUCAGAAAGUACAUCGUAGUAAAUUCUCUCUGAAAAACUCGACGGAUUUGGAAGUGGAUUACACGAAGACACCGGUUUUAGGAAACAACACGAACAAUAUCAAUGAGGAAUCCUGUCAAAAUCUCGACGACGCAAAACAGAUUAUAAUAGAGUGUAAAAAGAUGUGUUCGAACUUCAAAAUGCACAUAGAAGCUUUGGAGCUGCAAUAUAAGAACAAGGAUGAUGAACGGCUUAUAUUGAAGACCGUGGAGAAAAUGAGUAAAUUAAAACAGAUAAUAGAUAGAAAAUAUACGGAUUUGACGACUAUUUAUCAGUCGUGGAAGAAUCCGUCCGCGAAGAAACCGCAGAAAAAGUCCACGCGAGAGAAUCUCACGGAAAGCGAAGAAUCUUCGGAGAAAUCGAAUGAAGAACGUGUAGCGGUUGAGAAUAAACCUUCUAUUGCCAUGAACGAACAAGAAGAGAAUACCAAUGUUUCCGAAUGCGACAGCGAUCAGAUAUUUUCGGCGGACGAAUCGAGAUCGUUGCAGAAGAAGCGAGUGGUUGAAAACGAGAUGAAUACGCCUUCACGUGCGGAGGAUAAUCCAAACGGCGUUGAUGCUGAGACUGAUAGCGAGGAUAUAUCGUUGACGUAUAAGGAUCGUGACGAUGAGACUCACGCAGAUUCGCGAGAUGCUUCAAUCACCACAUCGACAGCGUUGGACACUUCAAAGAAAAUUAAUACACAAUCGGUUGAACAAUCAGAAAAUGUCGAAAAUCAAAAUAACAAAGACUGUUCGGCAGAUGCAAAUACCGAGUCUGACGAUAAAAGAACAACGCCCGUCGCUGAGACUUCCAAUAGCGAAGUCGAAUGUUCUCCUUUGAGAAGUGGUGUGAAAAGUAUAACGUUGCAAAAUGGCAAACAAGUUUUCGCAAAUGAAGAGCACGUUCUUAAUACAUCGGCGGAUAUAUUCGAAACAUCUUGCGAGGUUGUCGAGGAUGCGGAAGAGGUGGAAAACAAAACGACAGAAACACCAGAGAGAAAUGAUGCGGAAACAGAUCGUAACAAAGAGAUUUCUUCAUCGGAAACAUGUAAUAAAAAAUCUUCAUCUGAAAUCAAAUCUUCGAAUAAAGAAGCUGCUUUGCUAAAUGAAAUUCCAAGUGAAGAAACCAAAACAUCUUCAUCUUGUUAUACCGAGAAAAACGAGAAAGAUGUGUCGGACAAAAACACUCAACUAGUUAACAAAAAGACUGACAAUAACUCGAAAAACACUGACGCGUCAAGCAGAAAAAAAGUCAAUAACGACGAAUUUCCCGACGAUUCUGAGGCAUUAGCGAAGAAAAAUUUGCUAGAAUCAGAUUCUGAUUCGUUGGAAAAUGCAUCUUCAAAUACAGAGAUUAAUACCGCACCUGAGGAUAUGAUAAAAGACUUUAUCGAUCAGAUCAGGAAGGAGAAAGAAACGAAACAUAAAAACUCCGAUGACGACGACAGCGAUACCAGUACGAUAAUCUUAUCGCCCACCAAGAAACGAAUGAGUGCGGCGAAGGAAGCUGAUACUGAAGUUACAUCUCAAGCUGAGCGAGACAAUUCGCCGAUUAACAAGUCGAACGAAUCGAUUUCCUUGGACGAGGACGCCAUAAAGGAACAAGCUGCAAAGAAAGAACUUUUGAAAGCCAGUACCGACGAGUCUGAGACCGCCGAAUCGUCGUGUGAUUCGCAAGAAGUGAUUCAGAAAAGCGAAUUAUCUUCUUCUGCCGAGAAUAUAAAGGCAAAAAAAGCACUUCUGGCUUCCAAUAGUGAAAACUCUAGUGUCGAACUAGCGUCGGAAACGGAGACACGUGUUUCGAAGAAUUUGAAACGCACUCACGAGCCCGACAGCGACGCGGAAUCAACGAAUGUCAGAACGAACAAAAAGCGAUUGAAAUUCGAGAAACAUCGUUAUUACAAAAACAACGAUGACGAGAAAUUACGAAUGUCAUGUGAAGUUCGUUUAGUACGAUUAAGCGAGAGAGUGCUUAAACGUCACUCCCGCGCGUUACAAAAAUCAAGAGAAUAUCUGGAACAAAAGGCACUCAAAAGUCUUACUAAUUUGGCUAAGCUCGAAAAGAAACGCAAGAACAAAACGGGAGUAGAUUCUAACACGUCAACGGAUGAAGAUGGUGAUGCAUUAUCAACCGCAAAAAGCUCGAAUAAACAGCAAACAGAAAAACAAACAUCUAAGGAAGAGUCUUUGAUGGACUACUUAAAACAAAUAGAAAACGGUGAAGUUUCGAUAACUGCAGAAACUGAUUCCAUUUCUGACGAAUUGAUUCAAGUAAACGGUAUAGUCGAUCAGCCAGUAUCUAACGAAGCUUUACUCUCAGAAGCAAAUAGAAUCGCGAAAGAGAAUCUGUUAAACUCACCUGAUUCAUACUCUGAAAAAGAAGUGGAAAGUGACAAUGAUAAUAAAAGUAAUGAUGAUGAAGAUGGGAAAACCGGUGAUAAACAAACUAAACGUCUGAAGAAAUCUGAAGAGGAUACUUCAAAAGAAGAUAGUGAUAAGAAAGAAAAAAGUAGUUGGAGACGAGAUAAACUAUUGACAAUGAGAUUCUCUGACAGUGAUUCCGAGGCUGAAAAAGAAAAAUGGAAAAAGAAACAAGAGAAAACGGCGGAGAGCCUGGAUAAGGAUAAUAAUUCCGAAAACGAGGAAACUCGCCGCAAAAUGAAGAAGAAGAAGAACAAGAGGCGGAGGAUUCUGGAUUCUGAUUCGGAUGUCAUACUGACGGACUGUAGUUCAGAUUCGGAUUCCGACACUUCGGAACAAAAUGACAAGAAAGACAAGGAUAAACAAAGAAAACACAAACGCGGCAGCGUUUCCUUAGAUUCGGAUUCUUCGCUCGAGGAGAAAAAACCGAAAGUGAAACGGAAACGAAUCAAGAAAAUGGCAUCCGACAGCGACAGCAGUGACAGCAGUGUCGAGGAGCUGAAGAAUUCACAGGGAUCCACACCUGGUAAAAGUGGUCGAAAAAAUAUUCGAAAAGUUCUCAAGGACAAACAAGUGGCGGAAGACACGAAACUGGCCGCCAAGGAAGAAGAGGAGAGACUUAAGCGUAUCGCCGAGCGCCAAUCUCUGUACAAUAAUAUGUACGAAAUGAGGCUUGCGGGCGAAGAGAAAGUGGAUAAGCUGGUUUUGGACUUCAAUACCGAGACGAAAGAGGAGCUCGUUACCGUACAUGAGGAAUUGGUGAAGCGACUGAAGCCGCAUCAGGCGGAGGGCAUCAAAUUCAUGUGGGAUGCUUGUUUCGAGUCUCUCGAAAGAACAAAGACCACAUCGGGAUCCGGAUGUAUUAUCGCGCAUUGUAUGGGUCUGGGAAAGACGUUGCAAAUAAUCGCUCUUACGCAUACACUUCUGACACACGAAGAAACAGGUAUUAAAACUGUUCUGGUAGUUUGUCCUCUGAGCACAGUGCUUAAUUGGCGACAAGAAUACGAAACGUGGCUGAAAGACUUGAACGAGGACGUUGAUGUGUACGAAUUAACGAGGUUUAAAAAGAAUUUCGAAAGAAAAUGUCAGCUUCAGCAUUGGCAAAGAACCGGCGGUGUGAUGAUCAUCGGUUACGAGAUGUUCCGUAAUCUUUCGACCGCGAGCAGAGUGCGCAAAAACAUGAAGGAAGCGAUUCAACAAUGCUUGAUCGAUCCAGGCGCGGAUCUGAUCGUCUGUGAUGAGGGCCACUUGUUGAAGAACGAAGACACCGCGUUGAGCAAAAGCAUGAGAAAAGUGAGAACCAGGAGACGCAUAGUGCUUACCGGAACGCCGUUGCAAAAUAACUUGAUAGAAUAUCACUGCAUGGUACAGUUUGUGAAACCGAAUCUAUUAGGUACGAAAAAGGAAUUUAUGAACAGAUUUGUAAAUCCAAUAACAAACGGUCAAUUUGACAAUUCCACGGAAUACGACGUCAAAUUAAUGAAGAAACGCGCGCACGUACUGCACAAAAUGUUAGAGGGCAGUGUGCAAAGAUUCGAUUAUUCUGUGCUUACGCCGUUUUUACCUCCUAAGCAGGAAUACGUUAUUUUUGUCAGACUGACAGAUCCGCAAAUAAACAUGUAUCGAUUUUAUUUGGAUAAUUUCGCAAGAAAAAACAAAAAUUCUGGUGCAGGAGGAACUCUCUUUGCGGACUUUCAGGCGUUACAAAGGAUUUGGACGCAUCCUAUAGUGUUGCGUUUGAACGCGGAGAAAGUAGAAAAGAAAAGAAUGCGCGAGUCGGAAAACGAUUCGGAAGGUUCGCUGAAAGAUUUUAUCAACGAUGACACUACCGAUGUUGACAGCAGCAGCGAUUCGAGCAGCGACAGCGAAGUUCAAGCUCUUGAUGAUGUGAAAAAGAACGUCAAACGUAGAACAAGAAAUAAUCCUGACGUAGAGGAACCGGAAGAAGAGGUUAAAGAAGAGCCCGAGGAAGAGAGAGCAGAAUGGUGGACAACGUUUGUGGAACCUGAGCAUUUUGAAGAUCUAAAAGUGUCCUCCAAACUGUUACUUCUUUUCGGAAUUUUAAAGGAAUGCGAACAGAUCGGCGAUAAAGUGCUCGUGUUCUCGCAGUCUCUGUACUCUCUCACUUUAAUCGAGGAGUUUCUCAGAAGAAUAGACGAUCAAACUCAGAACAAUACAUCUCUGGACACGCUGGAUAAUCAUACUGGAAGCUGGUCUUUGGGCCUGGAUUACUUUCGCCUGGACGGUCAGACAUCGGCUGAAAAUCGAAGCAGGUGGUGCAAAAUAUUCAACAGGCCCACCAAUACGAGAGCGAGGUUGUUCCUUAUAUCAACACGCGCGGGAGGACUGGGAAUAAACUUGACCGCGGCGAACAGAGUGAUUAUAUUCGACGCCAGUUGGAAUCCUUCCCAUGACGUACAGAGUAUAUUCCGCAUAUACAGGUUCGGUCAGAAGAAGCCGUGUUACGUGUACCGGUUUCUCGCGGCGGGAACAAUGGAGGAAAAAAUUUACAAUCGUCAGGUGACGAAGCUCUCGCUCUCGUGCCGAGUUGUGGACGAGCAGCAGAUCGAACGGCAUUACAGCAAUCAAAAUCUAAACGAGUUGUACAUGUUCGAGGCGUAUCAGGAUAACAAGGACAAACCCACGUUAAAUCUCCCUAAGGAUAGACUCUUGGCAGAGAUAUUCUUAAAGUACAAAGAUGUCGUGGAGAAUUACCACGAGCACGAUUCUUUGUUGGAGAACAAGGCUGAAGAAGAAUUGGACGAGGAGGAACGAAAACAGGCUUGGUUGGAAUACGAAGAGGAGAAGAAGGGAAAACCACCGCCUAUGAUGAAUGCUCAGGCCAACAACUUAUUGAUGCAAUAUAACGCAAUGAUGAGCGCUGGACAGGCCGGCAUGCUUCUUCAAAAUAGGCAAUCGAACUCGGAGUUGGAGGAUAUUUUUAAAAUUAUUCGUAACGAUUAUCCUAAUUUGACACCGCAUCAACAGAGGCUAAUGGCAAGUCAAGUUUUAAUAGACAUGUAUAAUUAUUGGGAGAAACAAGCUGCAUUGUCUGUGAGAAACCCUCAAGGAAAUUUGCAGAACUUGCAGAACGUUCAACAACCGAUAAACAUGCCAAAUAUGGCAGGCAAUAGUAACAUGCGUAGUAACAUGCAAAAUCACGCGCAAACCGGUGCGGUACACGGAAAUCUAGUGCCGAAUCCAUUUACAUAUCGAAAUGUUCCAUCGGCUAACAAUACAAAUAAACCAGAUGAUUUAAUUGAGGUAAGACCCACUACAAGUAACGCGAAUACAUUAAAUGCACAAACAGCGGUACAAUUACAAAACAACACGAACAAAAAUCAAGAAGAGUAAAGUGUCCUAA